GGGAGCGGCAGGUCCGGCGCCGGAUGGUGAAAGGCAGGUGUCGGAGACUCCGUAUCCGCUGUGUCCCACUGUGGUCAGGGCCCUCCGACCUUUCUUUCUCAGAGAUUUUUGCCCAGUGUCUCUUCCUGGUUAGGUAGAUGCCUGGCAUGGGAAUAGCUGGCAUGGCAUGGAAUCGGGACCACUGAGAGGCCUGGAUGAGAACACCGAGUGCUGCAAAUGUUAAGUGAUUUGCUCAAGGUGCCCAGUUUGUAAGAAUUGGAGCCCAAGCCACCACUCUGUCAGCCUACCACUAAGUGUAAAAGAGUGCUUGAUUAGAAUGGCUUCAGGAUGGUUUUACCUGUCCUGCCUGGCGCUGGGGUCCCUGGGCUCGCUGUGCAUUCUCUUCACCAUCUGUUGGAUGCAGCACUGGCGUGGUGGCUUUUCCUGGGAUGGCAGUAUCUACACGUUCAACUGGCACCCAGUGCUCAUGGUUGCUGGCAUGGUAGUACUCUAUGGAGCUGCGUCGCUGGUGUACCGCCUGCCCCAGUCGUGGCUGGGGCCCAAGCUGCCCUGGAAACUCCUCCACGCAGCCCUGCACCUGAUGGCCUUCGUCCUCAGUGUUGUGGGGCUAGUUGCUGUCUUUAAAUUUCACAACCAUGCAAGUGUCACCAACCUCUACUCCCUGCACAGCUGGCUGGGCAUCACCACCAUCCUCCUCUUUGCCUGCCAGUGGUUCCUGGGCUUUGCCAUCUUCCUCUUGCCCUGGGCAUCCCUGUGGCUGCGUAGCUUCCUUAAACCCAUCCACGUCUUCUUUGGAGCCUCCAUCCUCUCUCUCUCCAUUGCGUCUGUCAUUUCCGGCAUUAAUGAGAAGCUUUUCUUCAGUUUGAAAAACACCAAGCCCUACUCCAGCUUGCCCAGCGAGGCUGUGUUUGCCAACAGCACCGGGAUGCUGGUGGUGGCCUUUGGGCUGCUGGUGCUCUAUAUCCUGCUGGCUUCAUCUUGGAAGCGUCCAGAGCCGGGGAUUUUGACUGACAGACAGCCCCUGUUGCAUGAUGGGGAGUGAACAGGAAGGGGCUCCCAGGAACAGUCGGUGGUGCAGUCUGCAUUCCCCCCAGAAGCUCUCCUCUACCUGGGGCUCCCAGCCAGUCUUGGCAAAAAACUUUCUUUGGGUCCUGGGCCCAAACUUCUCCUUGCCUCUCUGUUGGGCCAGCCCUCUCCAGCUGCUUGCUGCCCAUCUGGUUUUCUUGGUGGCUUUGGCUUCUACACUCUUUGGCAUCGACUUCUCAAGUCCUCCAUUUACACCAGAUCCUCUUUGCCCUGGUCACUCAUGCCGCUUUUGCACCGUCUGAAGAAGUCAGGCUGAUUUCCCCUUAAGACUCCUAGGGAUGUGGUAGAAAAUCCUGACAGCUCAGGAGAGCCCAGACUCUCCUGAUUAUGCAGUCUAUAAUGUGAGAAAUGAGGGAGGUGGUAAUCCCUGAAGGCAUACAUUUCACAUAGGCCUGGCCAGAGAGCAGCUUCCUCUGCUGUUACCCGCCCCCCAGCCCCACUUGUGUGUGAGGUUGGGUGGAGAUAUCAUGAGGUGAUGGAAGGAUAAGGGAAGAAAGGCGGCAGAAACAGCUUCUGCAGAGAAGCUGACUGCUCUGAGCUGUUGUUCUGUGUCACUGCAUUCUGUGUCUGUGUGUGUUUUGACUGUGCACCUCCACCUCUUCGAGCUGCUGCUACAGCCGAGGCCUUGAUCCUGGCCUUUUCCUGUGACUUACGUGCCUGUCACUGGCAGGCAGCGCUGUGAACCCUGGUAACCUGCUCUCCCCCCGACAGACACCUUGUUCCCAGAAGUCUCAGCAGUGAUGAGUAGCAGAGGUGAACUUCCUUUACUUCCCCUCGCUGGUCAAGGCUUUCCUGCUACCCCUGUGCAGGUUCAACCCUUGCUCUCCUGGCACAGCCCUGGCCCAACCUACCAUGAUACUGAUGUCAAAGUUUUGAUGUACUGUGCCCAGAGAGCUCUAGGAGCCACUGCCAACUUCAGAGGCGUUCCUUGCUGAGUACCAAAGUGCCUCCCCUGCCCCAACAAUGGCUACUUGCCUGGCUGAUCUCAGUCUUCCAUGUCAUGCCAGAAGCGCACAUUCUUGUUCCCCUCCUGAGGAGAAACGGGUGGGGAGGGACAAGUCUUGUUCCUCUCCUGAGUGUUGCUGCUGCUGUGGCUUUUUUUGCUUUCUCCAAAUAAGCCCUGUCAGAUCCUAGGGUCCCUACUGCUGUGCUUAGUAGACAAGUGGGAUGGAGCCUGCAGUUUCAGAGCCCGUGUGCUCCCUGGCAGGUGGAUGAGGCUGACUGUCCAUCCCAGCCCCACCUUGCCAGAUGUUGGCAGAAAGGCUAGGAGUGAACUUUCUGAUCAGAUGAAGCCUUCAAAGCCAUUCGGAUGAUGGCAGGCACCUUGGUCACAUGACCAGCUCCCCCUCUUUCCAUUUGGGCAGGCAUUUCAUUUGUUUAUGAAGCUUGGUUUUUAUUAAACAUGUUUUAAGAAUCAAA